UUUCCGCUCAAAAGGCGCAGGUGUGAAACGACCGGUGCGUCUGGGUCUCGCGUAUAAACACUAAGUUUGUUUGGAUUUUAAUUAUCCUAUUUCUGACGAUUAAAGUGAAAUAAUAAUUAAAUGCCCGUCUCUAUUUAUUUUAUUGUAAUUGUGAAAAAAUUCUUCUCACCAAAAAUAGCCACUAUUUCAACUCCAAGGAACAUAAAAGUCGAGCGCGCGAAUAACCUAACCUAGAAAGGAGAAUAUUCUCUAUAAUACUAAUAACUCACUUUUGGUGCUUAUUUUUUCUUUUUUCUUCUGCAAAAAAAAAUUACAUGUUUUCCGUGAAUAUAAAAUAAAACAUGAAUACACCACAGUCAAAUAAAAAGAAAGGUCGCAAUAAGAAUAAAAUACCUCCCACACCUGGAAGUGCGGAAGUUGCAAUAACACAAGAAUCCAGCAAAUUUGUUUUGUUGAAUUUGGGAGACGAUGUAAACAAACCAUUGCGUUUGAAUUUCACCGAUAAAAUAACAGUCAUUUCACAAGAGGAAUUUGAGCUUGAGGACAAAAAUUUACCGAAAGGUGCUCCAGUUCCUGAGAAUCAGGACGAUAAGGCAAUUCUCAGUAGUUUGCCUGUUGCUGUUGUUAAGGAAUUAAGUGGUUAUGAAAAUCACAUUGGCGAAGCUGAACCAUUACCAAAUAAUUAUGUCAGAUUUAUGGAACGUAGCGGAGAGGAUCUCGAUGGAGAAGUGGAGUAUGACUUGGACGAGGAGGAUUCCGCUUGGCUAUCGAUAGUUAACGAACGUCGUCUAGCCUCAGGUCUAACACCACCAAUGGAAGCGGAUACAUUCGAACUUCUCAUGGAUCGCCUCGAGAAGGAGUCGUACUUUCAGCAGCAGACAAACGGCGGCGGUGGAAUAGCCGCCGACGAAGACGCCGUCUGUUGCAUUUGCAUGGACGGCGAAUGUCAAAAUAGUAAUGCAAUACUUUUUUGCGACAUGUGUAAUCUGGCAGUGCAUCAGGAUUGCUAUGGAGUUCCUUACAUUCCCGAGGGUCAAUGGCUGUGCCGAAGAUGUCUUCAGAGUCCGUCGCGUGCCGUCGAUUGUGUUCUCUGUCCAAAUAGAGGCGGCGCCUUUAAGCAAACAGAUCGUCCCGCAACGUGGGCACACGUUGUCUGCGCCCUCUGGAUACCGGAGGUGCGCUUUGCAAAUACCGUUUUCCUCGAGCCAAUUGACAGUAUUGAGAGUAUUCCAGCGGCACGAUGGCGAUUAACGUGCUGCGUGUGUAAACGUCGCGGUGUUGGCGCCUGUAUUCAGUGUCACAAGAGCAGUUGCUACGCGGCAUUUCACGUGACGUGCGCUCAACAAGCGGGUCUGUGCAUGAGAAUGCGAACCGUUCAGCCAACAAGUGGCGAGCCAAUGUUGGUGCAAAAAACCGCAUUCUGCGAGACACAUGCACCGCCCGAUUAUCAACCGUCCACGAGUCCCGCUGACGCGAGGCGGCGCGCCAUCGCCAACAAGAAGAGCUCCUCGGCGCCUGUUAUUUCAAUUCCCACUAUUCCGCCUGAACGGAUUCGAGAAAUCGCGAGUCUUGCCGAGGGUCUUCCGAAGAGAAGUCAAUUAAUCCAGCGACUAAUUGCCUACUGGACUCUAAAGAGACAAUUCAGAAAUGGCGUUCCACUGUUGCGACGACUGCAAAGUACUCAUCCGCACUCGCGACCACCACCACUCGGUGGUUCAAUGUCACCCGCACCCGAUGGCGAAUUACGUGACGAAAUGUAUCGACAACUGAAAUACUGGCAAUGCCUCCGACAGGAUUUGGAACGAGCGCGAUUACUUUGCGAAUUGGUUCGGAAGCGGGAGAAAUUAAAAAAGGAACUAUUCAAAGUAAAAGAGAAGUGCCUAUGGUUCGAGCUACGCCCACUGGAAAGUGUCCUAAAAAUGCUCCUCGAAGCAAUGAAAGCAAGAGAUGCGAACGACGUAUUCGGUCAGCCGGUGAAUACAAUAGAAGUACCCGAUUAUUUGGAUAUUGUAUCAAGGCCAAUGGAUCUAUCGACAAUGGAGGGAAAAAUCGAUAAACAAGAAUACGACACAUUGAGUGCAUUUGAAUCUGAUUUUAUGCUCAUGGCGAAUAAUUGUCUCGCCUAUAAUCGUAAGGAUACAAUGUUUUAUCGUGCCGGCGUGAAAAUGAAGGAACAAGGAAUUAUUCUAUUUGAACAAGCGCGUAAAGAUUAUCCCGAAUUGGACAUUAUACCCGAGCCAAUUGUUGUGGAACAAGUAAAUCAAAAAUCACGUAAACGUGAACGUAAUAGUCGUUCACGUGUUGAAUCGGAAUCGCAGACAAAUGACAAGGAAGUAACAAGUGGUGGAAGUGGUGGUGGUAGUGGUGUUAAUCGUCGAACUGCCGUUUUAUUCACGCGUAAAGCAAGAGCACGUGCCAAUCGGGGAACAGUCACGAAUCAGGAGAGCGAUCAGAAAAAAGCAACUGAUAGCUUUCGAGUCUAUAGGAGCGGAAUGAUGGACAGUGACAUUGGAGAGGGCGAGAGUCAAUCGUCGAGUUGCAGUAGUUGUUCAUCGAGUCGUUCAACAACACCGGGAAUUGACAAUGCUGAUGGGACGGAGAAAAUUGAAACCAAAUCGACAAUUAAGGAUGAGGAGAAAAUGAAAAUUUCGUCACUCAGCGGUCUCGAGGCAUUGCAACUUGUUUGGGCGAAAUGUCGUGGUUAUCCUUGGUAUCCAGCGUUAAUAAUUGAUCCAAGUACACCGCGUGGAACAAUUCACAAGGGAGUUCCAAUUCCCGCGCCUCCAGACGAUGUUCUUGCUUUGAAGGAUAAUUACAAGGAUCCCGUGUUUCUCGUCUUAUUCUUCGACACCAAGCGAACGUGGCAAUGGCUACCGGGCGAAAAAUUAGAGAAAUUGGGAGUGUCGCAGGAAUUGGACGAGGCAAAAUUAAUUGAAUCGAGAAAGCCAACGGAUAGAAAAGCAGUGAAGAAGGCCUAUCAAGAGGCACUGCACUAUCGAAAGCAAACACAUAAUACGGCAUUGAAUGUCGCAACAACGAGCUAAGAAUUUAUAAUUUUCAAAAGAAUUUACUUUUUUAUAUAUAUAUUAUAUUAAUUUAAUAAUUUAAUUAUUCCACUGAUUUUACAAAAAAAACUUAUUUUUCUCUAAGAGAACGAAACAAAAAU